AUGGCUGGCGAGACCAUCGUCUCCGCUGUUGUGGCGGACAUGGUCGGCAGGGCGCUGUCCCUCCUCGCUGGGCAUCUCCUGGACCAGCAGCCGGAGCGGAACGCCGAGGCCAAGCUGCCAAGGCUACGGCACCUGCUAGUCAGGGUCGAGAGCGUCGCCGAAGCGCCCGGGGCGAGGCGGAUCACGAGCCACGCGCUGCUCGCCUGGCUCGCGGAGCUUGUCAACGGCGCGUUCCGGGCGCGCUACCUCCUCGACGCGCUCCCGAGCGGACGAGGCCAGGACGAAGGACAUGGCAAGCUCGUGCCGGCGCGGUCUUUCUCCCUGCCUAGUUCGUUCAACCCCUCUAAGCGCCUCUGCGUGGCGGCCAGGCGGCUGCUGCUCCGCGACGCCGACGCCAGCGCCAACGAGCUCGACAGCAUCCUCGCGGACCUGGAAAGAGUCGCCGGCGGUCUCACGGAGUUCAUCAUGCUGCUGCAGAUGUGCCCGGCGGCGCCGCACCGGCCGCUGCCCACCACGGGCAUCUACGCGGACAGCCUGAUGUUCGGCCGGCACGCCGAGAGGCGCCGCGUUCUGGACUUCUUGCUGGAAGAUGAUGAAGGCGGUGAGCCGGCGGUGGAAGAGCUAGGCAUCCUUUCAAUUGUCGGCGCUGCCGGCCUCGGGAGGACCACGCUCGUGCAGCACGUGUGCGAGGACCCCGCCGUGCGCCGCCGCUUCUCCCUGGUCAUGAUGCUGGACUUCCACUGCAUGAGUCUCAUGGCCGCCGGCGAGACGGAGCUGUUCCUACGCUCCCUGUUCGCGCCGACAGCCGCCAGCAUCCUCUCCGGCGGCGACAGCCAGAAGCUUAGUCUUCUCCAUCGGAAGCUGCGUGGGGAGAGGUUCCUGGCCGUGUUUGACAACGUGGACACGCGCAGGAGGCAAGUGGUGGACGCGAUCAUGCCGACCCUGCGGCGUGCCGGCAGGCGAGGGAGCAAGGUCAUCGUCACGAGCACCGACGCCGAGUACGUCGCUGGCCUCGGCACGGCGGAGCCGAUCGAAUUGCGUCCUCUGCCUCGGGAGGAGUACUGGUUCUUCUUCAAGGCGCACGCCUUUGGCAGCGACGCCGAGGCGGACCCGCGGCUGGCGGCGGCGGGGCAGGCCAUCGCCAAGAGGCUCCGCGGUUCCUUCUUGGGCGGGAAGAUAGUGGGCGCGCUCCUGAGGUCCCGCCCUGACGCGCGGCUAUGGCGUAGCGUCCUCAACAGCAGCACCCUGAGCGUGGCAGACGUGUCGUGCUGCCUCGGCAACGGCAGCUACGUAGAAGCGGUGGCCGGCAACCUCCUCCCGCCGCACGUGGCCGUUAGUUGCGUCACCGUCUCCGGCUCUCCGGUGAGAGGGCACGUCGGAAUUCAGGAUUCCUCGUUGGCCCUUCCUGCUCCCCCUUCUCCCGACGACCACCGGCCGGAGUUGCCUGUGCUGCUGUGCAAGUCUGUCUUCCCUUCCUACUGCCUCUACUACACUGCCCAUUGCACGAUCGACGGAGAUUUGAAUCAGUAA